CGUAUCAUGAARUAGUCACGGGAGUGUUAUCCUUUUGCAUUCCUAAAUAUCCUCUCAAAUUUUCUUUGAAAACACUCAACGUAAUGCGAUAUUAACCACAGAUACUUAUUCUCYCAGAUUUUAGUAAUUUUAACUUGAAAAUCCGGCGAAAUACUUUGASAAAAUGAUUGGGAAAUCGUACGAAGAACGUGCUUCKUUGCUCAAAUCGGUAAACCGACCGUAUCAAGCAAUGGGAAAGUCAGUCCACCAAGCGACUUGUAAAGUCUACAAGAGACGAUGGUAYAUUUUAUUGAUAUUUUCAUUGGUCGCAUCUUUGAACAAUGUGAUCUGGAAUGCUUGGGGGCCGAUCCAAGCAACGUCGCAAGUUGUUUUUGAAUGGGACAACACUGUGAUAACCUUGUUGGCUGAUUGGGGACCGAUAUCGUAUGUGCUGGCUGUUAUACCAAUGUCGUGGCUUAUGGAUGCUAAAGGUCUAAGAGUGUCUGUGCUCCUAGCUGCCUUCUUAGAGUUGAUUGGCACUGCGCUAAGAUGCUUCUCAUUGGAUAACAAAUCCCAGACCCUACUAAUUCACAUUGGGCAGUUUGUUACUGGAAUAGGUGGGCCAGUUGCCAUGGCAGCACCUCCUCUCGUAUCAGCAGCAUGGUUCCCGCCAUCACAGCGCACAACAGCAACUGCAAUUUCAUCAUUAGCAUGCUACAGUGGAACUGCUUUAUCAUUUCUCAUUGGGCCUUUGCUUGUAGAUGAUGUCGGGAAGCUUACCAAUGGGACUUCAGAAAAAAUAGACUACAAUAAACUUAGAAAGUCACUAAAUGCCUCACAGAUAGCUGAAUACAAGCAUCAAAUCAUGAACUUUAUGUACCUUGAAUUUGGAGUUACAGCUUUUGUGUUUCUUUGCGUGCUCAUAUAUUUUCCUGACAAGCCACGUUCACCACCAAGCAUUACGGCAGCUAUAGGACGUCUUGACUUCACUAUUGGUUUCAAGUCAUUGUUAAGAAAGAAGAGGUUCUGGUUGUUGGUUUUUAUUUAUGGCCUUUCGACAGGAAUCUAUGGGGCCUGGUGUUCAGUGCUUGAUUUAAAAUUUGCUGACCAUUUCACUAACCACAUGAAGACUAUCGUCAUCCUUCUGAUGAUUGGCGCAUCAAUAUCACUGGCCCUCUUCUCCCUUGUAUGCAUCAAAGUCCUUCCCCUGUGGAACUCCAUCCUUUACGUCACAAGCAUUCUGGGUGGCUUUUUUGUCAAUGGAUCCAUUCCUCUAUUCUUUGAACUGGGUGUGGAGUCAACAUACCCUAUAGCGGAAGGCAUAACAUCUGGCUGUCUGACAUUUUCCAAUAAUUUCAUACAAGUUGUGUUUUAUAUUUUCCCAAUGAUUCCACACUUUGGCACAAGUUGGAUCAACUGGGUAACAUUUGGAUCUUGUUUGGCAUCAGUACCACUACUUGUAGUGUGGAAAGCAAAGUACUACAGGUCGCAGGUCGAUAAGAGAACUCCAUAUGUUCCUGUUCAUGGGCCCAUAUCUUAUGGGAGUGCAGGAAAUGAGCGCACCAUAAUUGGUGAAGCAGGAGAGAACCAUGAAAUUAAGGAGCCUUUUGAUAAAGGGACAUAAAUGGAUAUUUUUUAGACAAGACACCAAGGGGUAUCAAAUAAUGAAAUAAAGGAGGACCAUUAUGUUAUGGACCCUUUUUCAUAGAGUUGCAUGACACAUGACACAAAGUAGGGYCGUAUUGACAGGGACUUGAAAAUAACUUGCAAUUAUGGCCUCACUAGUUCAGUGAAAAAGAUGGAYGUCAAUUUUAGACUUUACUUUUAAUUCAUUUUUAAACAGUUUUUAUCUUUUUAACAACAAAUUUCUGCAAUUUUCAAAUAAAUUGAACAGGUCCUGUCUAUUUAUGGCAAAUGAUAAUUGAAUUUUAAUGUAAUAAUUUUUAGCUUUUCACAUGUUGYAUCAUAACAUAUAAUUCUCAAACAUUACAGCUGCAACAAAAUGUGUAUUUAUGAACAUGAGGAUUAUUUAAUUAGUGAUUUGAAUCUAAACGYUAUUUCUUAGAUUGAAUACUUUUAAUAUAUAGAGCUGUCUAUGAAUGCUUUUAAAGGGCAGAAAAUAAAACAUUCUAAAGAUA